AAAAAAAAUACCAAGUAACAAAAGCAUAUAUAUUAUAUACUUGCAUAUAUUUGUUCAUUUACUUUAUAUGUUACUAUCGUGGAGGAACAAAUUUCCCAACCGCAAAAGCGCGUUCCCAAAUCAGCGCAGCGGUCAACCAGAGCAAGAACAAAUAUUACCGCGAACCAGCAAUAUGUUUAUAACAAUCCUGUGAACGCGUUGCAGAUAUAUUUUCCCCCAAGCGGCCUUCCACAACCAGUCAUGUCCUCCUUGGCAUAACAUCAGCGAUUGUACUAGCAUGCCAGUGCCUGCAAAAUAAAGCGGACUCCCGACGACUGCGUAACCACCACGAUCACGUCACGACAACCAUUCGUUCUACCCAACUGCACCCCCCAUUUGUGAACGAAAAUGCCAAAGUCUAAGAGAAACAUCACCAUAUCGUUAACCAAGGUAAAAAAAAAGCUGAACAAAAAGGAACUGAAGGACCAGAAACUCUCCGAUCUGAAAAAAAUUAUUCAAGUCCCCAAUAUUUACAUCUACAUUUUGGAUGUUAGAACCUACUCGAAUAAUAACUUGAAGCAAGCCAUUGAAUAUUUCAAGCCCAACGGGAGGUUCUUCAUUGGGAAGAAUAAGCUCAUGAAAUUGGCCUUAGGAACAGACGAAAAAAGCGAAGCCAAGCCGAACGUCGGCAAGGUGGCGGAGCUUCUUGUCGGAAACAGAAUCCUUCUCAUAACGAAAGACCCCCCCCUGAAGGUAAUAAAAUUUUUUAACGACUUUCAACCUGAAGAGUAUAUAAAGCCGGGAAAUAUUUGCACACAAAAUGUCACCUUAAAAACGGGAGAUGUAUUAAAUGUCCCAGUUUCAAUGCAGAAGGAUUUACAAAAAAGGAAAGUAACUUUCGACAUCGUCGAUCAGAAAAUUGUCAUACGCGAAGAUAAAAUUUUGGCGGAAAAGGAUAAACUGGUCAGCGCGGAAAAUGCCAAACUGUUAAGAAUGCUGAAUAUGAAAAUUGCCAACUUUGACAUUACCGUGUUGGGUUAUUGGAACUUAAAUAAAUUCACUUCCUUGACGUCAGAAUGAGGAACUGUUUUUUUUUCCUUUUUUUCUGGAGAAGUGGUCUUUUCGUCCUCUUCCCCCCUUAACGCACAUAACAAAUGUGCAAGCGUUUGUUUUUUU